AAGCUUUGGCUCACAGUCGGCAACGCUUGAGAUAGAGAAAUCGCUUAAGGAAAGAGCAGGGAGCGCUCAACAAGAGCGCCAUGGGGGCUCAAUGCUGCUCCUACUCGGCGCCCAUCCCGGGCUAUACUGGAGCCAGCCAUGAGGAGAUGCUUAAGAACUUCGGCGACCUCAGCGAAGACGCGGGCAUGGCCUCGGUGGUGGCGGCCCUGGCUCAGAUUACCGAGGAGCAUCCGUACCUGAAGCCGAUGGGCACGGAGCCCACGCCGCACCAGCUGCUUUACUGGGUGCGGAGGUGCCGCGAGUUCAUCAUCCUGCGCAACCCUCAUGAGGCUAUGAGCUGCGUCGAGCGCAUCAACCGCAGUCUGAAGUACGAGAUUGCGCAGAUCCUGGAUGCAUUCCGCAGGUUCGACCACGACAGCUCAGGGCAUUUGGACCAGGCGGAGUUCAAGUAUCUCUGCGCCUACCUGGGCUGGGGAGAGGAGGAGGCCCGGCUCAUGGACAUGGAUGCGGAUCAGAAGGUGACCGCCGAGGAGUUCCGCAUCUUUGUUGGCCACAUGGGCGGCCUGGCGCAGCUCUUCGAGCACCGGCGCCAGCGGGUGGCCAGCAAGAACUGGGGUGAGGAUGCCCCGGCGGUGAUCCAAGUCGGCGCGCGGAUCCGCGCUUUUUACUACACCGAGGACGGCAAGAAGUCCAGCAGCUGGCGAGAAGCCCAAGUGCUGGAGAUGAACGUGAUGCCGGAGAACGGCGUGAGGCUACUCUUCGGCUUUGGAGAGGAGACGUCGGAGCGCCAGGUGGUGCCCCCGAGUUGGAUCUUCUUCGACAGCCGCGACAGCGAGGUGGUCUCCGCCCUGCGGGAGGUCGGCAUCUUGGAGGAGCAGCAGGCCUUCUGGGCCUCCAUCUUCCCGCAGUCGGAGAUGCGCGCGGUGGCAGCCCUGGUACCUUGCCAGCGACAAGCGUUGGCACAUGUCCGGGCCAAUGCCUCCAUGAACCACGACAAGGCCAUGCCGGCGGUGCGGCAGAGGUUCAACGACUUGGGCUACGGGGAGGAGCAGCUGCAGGCGGUGCUGGGCUGGAUUCAGGAUUUGGCGCCCAUGUGCAUUCACGUGCACAUCGACAACGUUGGCAGGUUCCUGGAGACGGAUGAGUUCUACCGGAACCAGUUUGAAACGGGCACCUCCUGCGGCGCUCUGGAUGAUGGCAACAGCAUCCGCAAGGGCUGGGAGAAGGAGCUCUUCGGGGGUUGCUACGACGACGCCAAGCCCUUCGAGCGCUGCAAGUACGGGGCGCUGAGCGUGAUGAAUGACUAUCGGGGCGUGCUGAGCGCGUAUCAGUAUGGCGACUCCUACCUUGUCUUGAAGGACGUGCGGCUGCGGACCAGCUUCGCAGCCACCGACUCGGGUGGCAUCGAGGGUGAUCGUUUGGCUGUGCUGGACAAGUAUGCCCACGUGCUGAAGGAGUACGGUGACAGGGAGCUGAGGGAGCUCAUUGAGGUUGCUAGCGCCAACACCUCGCUGAUGGACGUGGGCGGCGCCCAGCCGAAGCUCAUACGGGGCAUGUCCACGGACUGUGCCUCCGAGUGGGUCACGGUCGGCUUUCCCGACCUGCCGCAGAAGAAGGGCCGCUACUACUUCGAGGUGGAGCUCUAUCGCGGCUGCCGCUCCGCACAGGUGGGAUUCCUAUCCAACCACUUCAUCAUCGCGCCCAAGACUGCGGGCUACCAGGGGGGCGUGGGAGAUGACGAGCACGGCUGGGCAGUGGAUGGCCAGCACGCCCUCAGAUGGCACGGUGGCAAGAAAUUGCCCUGGGACAGGUAUUGGGAGGUGUCCCCGGAGGACCCCAACUCGCUGAACCAGAACGUGAUGGUGGGCGUGGCCGUGGACAUCGACGCCCGGGCGAUUUGGUUCGCCUCGGACGGGGUCUGGGACGAGGAGAAGACCCCGAGCUUCGGGACGGAUCUGAUCCCGAAGGGCACCUCGGUGUACCCGGCGGUGUCUCUCAAGGGCCGCGCCUGCUUCAACUUCGGUCCAGACUUUGCCCACAAGGCGCCCACCUUCAAGGGCAGGACCUUCGCAGCCUGGCCCGGCAUGCCGGACGGCAAGGUGAGGGCCGACGUGCCGAUCAUCGGGGACGAGAACAAUGUGGGCAUCUACAAGGAGAUUCAGAUCCAUGGAGAGGUCAGCCUCAAGAACAAUGUGCAGCGACUCGUGGCGAACCGCAAGUAUUUGGACCGCAGCAAGGACGCGCGUUCCUGGGCCAUCAUCGUGGAUGGCUUGGGUGCGGCGGAAGGCACCUACGCGCGCACCGGUGCGGACAAGGGCGCCUCCAUCUUCUCCCAGAGGGAUGGCCCACACGUGAUGCUCUGCGAUAUGGCCAAAAAGAUUUGGAAGGUUGUCCCGAAAGACAAGACCGAUGAGAUCCUCGCGUCUGCACCGCUGGAGGAGGGGCGCCUUAUGGACCCUCCCCGCUCGGGAUGGAUGGUACCGCCGGAGAGCCGCGGGUCGGUGACGCAGGCGGUCUUCAAGCAAGCAAUGAAGGAGGUGGGUGUCAGCGACACAGACUGCAAGACGUUGAUCACCGCCUUGGGGAGCGACUCCAAGGUGUUCCGCUUCCGACAGAAGACAAGCUUCGUGGCGGAGUGGGCGAAGCUCAAGCAUGCCAAGACGGCAGAGGAGGCUUGGGCUGCUUGCGUGUCAACAGUGCAGAAGGCCUUGAUGCAGGAGCAUGGCAUUGCCGAUGGCAAGGUCUUUGAGACGCAGCACCCUUAUCCGGCAAAGAGUGCGCGGCAUUCCCAGACGGUGAAGCUCGAGGGCUGCGAGAGGCUCCAGGUGACUUUCUCCAAUAAGUGCCGCACCUACGACUCCUGCGCUAAUUUCAGCAUCCGCGCCGGGUCCCUGAGCAAGGCCACUGCUGGAGUGGGCGCCCGCAUUCAGGCUCAGGCGUUUGCCAGCUCCGCGAGCAUCCACGGGACCUUGACUGGCCGCCUCGAGGGUGACAAGUGGAGCGCCCGCAUCGACCACGACGAGGUGGAGAUCUCCGGGCAGUUCCGGGAGUGGCUGGAGGCAGACACAUCGCGGCAGAGUUUUGUGAUCCUGGCGAACGAGGUGAAGACUGCGUGCGCCUACUAUGAAGAUUCGCAGGCCGGCUCGGAGAUCGCGGGCUUCUCGCUGGACAUGUCGGCGCCCAUGGCGCCCUUCAGCAUCGCGGGCUUCAAGAGCGACGGCCCUGCGCAGCAGGCAGGUGCCAUGAUUGGCUGGUACCUGGAUGUGGAUGCACUGCUGGGCGAGGACGAGUUUUUGGAGCUGGAGGUGCCCGGGCUGCCCGCCUGCCCCAACACCUGGGAGGAGGCCUCUAAGGACUUGCCGGGCUUCCAGAAAAGGUUGGAUUUCAUGCUCCAGGAGGCUGCAGACAUCGAGCUGGUUUUUUUCAAUGGCCUGGAUUUCAAGCUCCUGCCUGCUGCCUACGCCACCUAUGACAAGCACCCUUUCACGAAGCCGGGCGAUGAGAUUGCGGAGCUAGAAAGCAAUGGCGAGACCGUCUGCAUCUCCUCCUUCAAGCAGGAUGGUCCUGCGAAAGAGUCGGGGGCGAGGGAGACCUGGCAGCUGAACUUGGUGGAGACCUUCCGCAUGGAUUCCAACAAGCGCGUGCUCGGGGAGCUGACGCGGCAGCAAGUCCUGGAGAGCCCUAAUGAUCUGCUGGAAUUGGAGGGCCUGAAGCUGAUGUUCGAGCCACAGGAUGCCUCAAGCACCUCCUACUUUCAUGGUUGCAACAGCGACUUCGAGUCGCUGACCGUUCCCACAAACUGCAUUGAGCUGUACUGGGAGACGGAUGGGGAUGGGCGCCAUGACCCUGAGAGCCGGUGGGGCGUCUUCGCGCUGAUCACUGCGGACAAGGGCAAGCCCGUUGAUCAGUCGGUCCUGGACAGUCUCACGGACAAGUACCUCAUCGAGACUUUGAAAGCCAAAGGUCACGAGGGCAACAUCUCCGUGGAGCCCGAGGACUGGGAUGAGACCCGUCUCAGGGCGCUCUGUGCCCGGCACGGCUGGCAGUUCGAGUGGAUGACGGAGGAGGGCGAGAAGAAGCGUCGCAUCGACGGCGCUGGGCGGGCGCGGAAAAUGGCCGAGAAGGCGGCGAAGAAGGACGCCGGUGGCGCCGGCGGCGCCGCCUGGUGGCGCCUGGACUCCGUGGUCAAGGCCUUCGCCUUUGGCAAUGGCAAUGCGAAUGCGCAGAACAAGCCGAAGAUUCAGCCGCCGACCCAACCAAAGCGCUCCGUGGUUGAUGAGAAGGUGACCCAAGCCGCGAGUGGUCGAAAGCCAUAGAGGUGGGCCUCUGGAGCACACCAUCGUUUUCCUCGCAAAAUUGUUCCGAGACGUCUGAGACCGGCCGCGGCGGCGCGGCACGGCGCGCGGAGGGCACGUUGCGAACGAGUCCGGAGCCCUCACGGGAAUGGAC